AAAACACAAGAGUGCAGAAUGCAAACAGCUUAGAUGUAAUGCCAAUUUUGGUGGCACGCGAUUUUGGAAAUGCCUCGUGUGUUUAAAAGAAAUACACUUGACAACCAUAACACUUUUCCAUCGUAGGUAUUCCGGUCAUCUCAACGGACACAAUGUCAUUCUCAAUUUCGUUUCAGCUUACCUAAAUUUAAUAAUUUUUAUGGUAAACGAGGGAUUGAGUACACGCGUGCUAUGCAAAAUGACACGCAUUGUCCCUUAACGCAAAAAAAUAAAAUUAAACUAAUAAUUAAAAAAAAAACAUCGGCCAGUAUAUGCGCGGCGUCAAACGGUUCUUUUGGUGCGACCCUUGCAUCUCGUCAUUAUAAGACAAGCUGUCUCGCUCUCUCUUUUCUUUGAAACACUUUCCAUGUGAGCUUGCGCUCAAUGCGCAACUUUUGACUCGAAAUUCUUUGUAUUAAUAUUGCACGAGAAGGUAGAGCAGGGUAGACUUUUGCGCGGGCCCGUUUUCAAGUCACAAAGGCCGAAACUCACGUGAGCAACUUGUUUAUCCGGCUUCGAGUCUCAAAAAUAAAGAAAAAAGAAAAAUCUGAAUGUUUUAAAAUAAACCAAGAAAAUGAAAUAAAAAUGAAAGAACUGUAUGACGAUACUCGCUUAACCAUUUCUGUUGAACAUGUACUAUUGCGCAUGUCAGCUGAAAUAAAACAUUUAUGUCUGUCAUUGCAGCAAACAAGAAAGUACGACGCUCGAAUUAAAGCUGACGGACUGCUUAUGCGGCGUGCGAUUUCUCUCUCUCUCUCUUCUGUUCUUUCUUUUGAUGCCCCUGCGUAACACCACUGCCCAAACCAUUUCUCUUCUCCCAAUCACAAACCUCUCCUCGCAGCUGGCCGACCUUCUGAGGGUGUCGCGAAUCGACCGCGCCACAUUGGAGCGGCUGUGCGUGAUGGAGGUACCGAUAGAGCCCCUGCAAUGCUACGUACUGCCAAGCAUGAAGACCGCAACUGCCAUAGCAGCGUCCUUCAAAGUUUGCUCCGAUUGUCCGUACAGAAGCUUCCAGGAGUUGAAGAGGUUCUGGAAAAACACCUACGGCUACCGCAUCCCGGAGGAGACGGAGAGAACGAUGAUCUACGUGAAGGUGCGGUUCCGAGCGAGCAGCGACCGCUGCUACGUGUACCCCAUCCUGUGCGUGCGUCCCACGGAGCCGCAGCCCUGGGCGCGCGUCAACCCUUACCCCAUCAUGGGCGCCUUCCUGCAAUGCGUCAAGCUCAGGAUGGGCCAGGUGUGCGGGCAGGGGUUCCCCUUGGUGUCGCGCAGUCCGGCCUUCCCCACCUCGGAGCUGCUCUGGACGGCCAAGGACGCCCAGACUGAAAUCGACAAAGUAAGCUGGACACCAAGGCCAAGAUCUGCACAAGUGCCCUACAGGCCGAAAGUAUCCUUUGAAGCAAAGCCUGUGACAGUCUUCAUCGGCGACGUGGAAAUAGUGCCGGAGAGUGAUGAGGAGGUUGAGGGGAUGGAACAGAGCAAUUACUGUAGUUCGACCAAGAUGAAACCAUGUUUUGGACCAAAGCAAAGCGGCAUCCACGACAGUCGCAUCGACGCUAGCGCCAGCGCACGACCACUAGAUGCUCCUGGUUGCAGCCGUGAGCGAUUGGGCAACACAUUAGCGAGCCCUCAAGCGUACCAGCGAGCGACGGCAACCGCGUUCCCUGCUGUGGUAGAAUGGCUGAAUUCUUGCGAGUUUCCUGUGGUGCAGCAAGUAAAUAACGAAAUAACUGCGGUGAAAAAGGUGCCACAUGGUGAACCCAGGGCUCCCCGAGCUACCUGUACAGACCCGACGAGCUAUAAGACACAAACGGUGGCCUUUCCAGUUACCGCAAGGUCACAGCAGACUCUGCAAGGACAACAGCCAUGCAGCGCUGCUGUUACUGUGCACAAGAGUCAUGGUUUUUCUGAAGGUGAAAGUCCUGAAGAAGUGGGAAGUAAACUCACAAACCAAGUGAAGAUCACACAGCUACCCCAACAGGCUUUUACGCAACUCGGAGCAAGCAAAGGUGCUCCCACACUGAAUAUUCAUGAUUCCUCAAGCGGCAGGGCUACUAAAAACGCAAUGUCUGGACAUUCAGGCUACACAAGGGUCGCACAGCAACCGCAGAAAACGUCUGCGCAAUUUGGAGAAAAGUGGGACAGUUUAACCACUCCCGCACAGAACAUUAACGAUGUCUCACGCGGUAAAACUCCUGGAAACGAAACAGGUGGGAUAACCAACCAAUUAGCAGCGCAACUAGCUGGGGGCACAUCCACGCAACUUGGAAAAAUGUGGGACGGGUCAACUGCUACCGCACAGAAUGUUCAUGGCCUCUCACAACGUACAACUUCUCUAUCCUCAGGCGGUAUGCUUCCAACACCAGCCACGAUAGAUCAACCAGCACAGCAAGCAUUCUCCACUAUGCUCAAAGGUAUGUGGGACGGAGCUCUUUCUAAGGCAAGGAACACGCCAACGUUCGACAACGAUGGGAUACGAUAUCAAAAUGCGCAGACCACGAGGAAACCUCAGUUGCUUAAGCUCGGCCAACCAGCAGAACAGCCAGGUCCGCCUCCUGCAAUAAAACAGAGCACGGAGAGCCUGUCGCUGAACAAGACAAACGGCCAGCAAAGAAUUACUUUUGACCGACGCAAAGCAACAGAGCCGCGUCCGUCUCCAGCAACCAAGCAGAGCACGGGCAGCUUGUCGAUUUACAAAACAAACGACCAACAAAGGAUCACUUUCGACCGCCACGAUCACUUUCAAGCAAUGCCCCGUGCAGCCACAAGUUCGACCAAAACUUCAACUUGCGCAGGCGAGAAAGCUGGUCAAGAGGAAAAGACAAGUUUUUUGUGUGUUGCCAACACAGUUAACGCAGACGAGGAUCCCACAGCCCGAGAGAUUGCUUCGCAACCCUUGGAAUCAGCGCCAAAGGAAACAGAUGACCUUCCGACAUUCUAUAGCACACAGGUGGAGGGACGCAAAGCAUCCCGGAAAAAGGCAAGCACUCGUAAGUGUUGGACAAUUCCAGAAGUUGACAGCCUGCUCAGAGAUAAAAAGUUUGACAUGCUCAGCAAGGUAAACUCUACUGUGCUGCUUGCUUGGUUGUGCCACAACAACAUUCCUUGCAACAUCAAGACCAAGAAGAGUGAAAUCCUCUCCAAGGUAAUUCAGCAUGCUACAAAAGGGUGA